AUGGCAGAGAAAACACUUUCUUGUUCAGAUUCGAAGGAGAAAAGUGAAAUUAGUUCACCUGAUUUCGAGUUCCCAAGCAUUAAAGCUAUGGUCGCUCUCAAUUCAAACACAAAGGAAUUGUGUGAGGGGACUCGUAGAAGGCAACUGCCUCUGUGUGUCGGGAGCCCUGAAGCAACGGAGUUUUUCGCUGAGCGUAUGGCGCGAAUGAGAAAAGAUCCAGAAUCGAUACCUAUACUAGCUGAUAUAGACGAUCGUGGUCCUGGUGCUGCCAUGGAGUUCUGGGAAGAUAAAGAUGUGUUGAAAAAGCUGGCUAAAGCUGCUACUCUUGGUGCUGUGGAGAGUCUGAACGAAGAUGAACAAGUCUCCGAGGGAAAGAAAGCACUGAAUAUUGCAUGUGGGUAUGCUCAGAUGAAAUGUCUUAAAAUUCUUCUGGAUGCGGGAGUGUACGAUGCGGGUGGCAGAAGAAUGAGGAGCACACCGCGUUGUGCUCCUAAACGUGGGAAGAAAAAGAGUGGGCUGUGUAAGAAGGGUCAUGCAGUCGCAUCGCCAAAUACGGAAAGUGAAACUCCCUCUGAUGUGGCUACAACCAGCUUUCGAUGCACUGAAGCUGCUUGA